CAUAUCCUUGGUUAAUUUUGCUCCGUGCUCAAGGUGUAUUGCAUGUUACACAUUUAAUAUUUGGCAAUAUUUUUUUUUUUGCAACUUACAUGGAAAUAUUGCAUAAUAUUAAAUGGAAAACCACACCAAUCUCUCCACCCAUAUGUCCCAGAUCAAAGUGACAGACAUCCUAUAUAAAGACAGACAUGGUCAGAUUAAAGUCAACCAAACACCUGGAGAGACACAGAAGAACAGCUGAUACUUCACACAGACUUUGAAAAGCCUCAAGACAUGUCUGGAAAAACAUGGGUUCUGCUUGUUGCUGGCUCAAAGGACUGGGACAAUUACAGACACCAGGCCAAUGUGUGCUGUGCAUAUCAGUUAAUGAAGAAGCAAGGAAUUCCUGAUGAGCAGAUUGUGGUGAUGAUGUAUGACGACAUCGCUAAUAAUCCCAACAAUCCCUUUCCUGGAAGCAUCCGCAGUGUUGUUGAUAGAACAAACGUGUACAAAUCGGUGCCUCUGGACUACACUGGAAAUAAGGUGAAAUCGAAGAAUUUUCUUGCCGUUCUUCGAGGGGAUGACAGUGCUGGGGGGAAAAUCAUAAGAAGUAAAAAAAAUGACAACAUACUCAUCUACAUGUCAGGAGUGGGAAGUGAUGCCAACUUUAAAUUUCCUCAGGACUCUCUUGAUGCACAUCAGUUCACAACAACAAUAAACACUAUGUCUGACGAUAAGAAAUACUCAAAGAUGGUGAUCUUCAUGGACAGCGAUAACUCUCAGUCAGUUUUCAAAGGCCUUUAUACAAACAUCCAUGUCUAUGGAGUGGCUUCAUGUGACUCUGCUAACCAGAACAGAAGCGUUCAGAACGACCCUGACAGAGGCAUUUACCUCUCAGAUCAAUUCUCAGCUGCCUGGCUGACGUUCAUUUCUACGGCUGAUCUUGAAAAAGCUACAUUCAGUAAGCUGUUUGAGUACAUCAAAAACAAAGAUGAUUCCUGUCCCUGCGAGAUUGGAGACAAGGAAAUUCCUAAACUUCUGAUCAGUAACUUUCUGAAGUUGGAAGACUGUUCAGACUGCGCUUGAGAAGACUUCUCCCUGAAGCGCUGAUGAAAAUGAUCAGCAUAAUCUGAUGACCUUUUCUUUUCUUCUUUCAAACCUCUGCAUUAAUGAUUAGAACUGAAUCGAGUGCAACAUUAUAUACGCUAUCUGCUGACAGUUUGUGCUUAGUGAGAUUUUAAAAUGGCUUUUAACUAAAAGAAAUGCUUUAGAUUAAAUUGAUGUGCUCCUGCUAAAGGUAUUUUUUAUUUAGAAACAUCAUAUUGAUUUCCAACUGUCUGUGAUUCUUUCAUUUUACGUAACUGUAGCUAAUGAGCUUUUUAUUAUUUAGUUUGGACUGGGUUUUUUCUUUCUUCUUCUUUUUUGAUCUAAAAUGACUUAUUGGGACUGUGUGUGAACUAACAACCAAAAAAAUGAAUAAAACUGGGAAAAGGGAAAAA